UACCAACUAACGAAGUUUUAAGACAUCGAAUUGUGUUUUCUACCGUUUAGUUUUCAUUUCUGUUCGUUCAUUGUCCGCCCCCAAAAUAGAUUAGAAAUUGAUAAAUUGUUCGACCGGACCUAUCUGUUGUAUAUAAUAAUAUAAUAAUAAUAAUUGUUCUUGCAUCUGUACCCUACUUCACGUUGGCCAAUCAACUACUUCAGCAGUGAUACAUCAUUGCAUGCGACGAUCCCAAGCACCAUUGCGUUUUUCGAUUUCCAUACGUUCUCAAAUACAAUUUAUCUACUAAUAAAUAGCAGCUGACUACAAAAGGCACUUUUAAGAGCCACGUUUGUAUUGUCAUUCUCCCUCUUCUCGUUUUUGUAUUGUUCUCUCUCUCUAUCUAUUCCCUCCCAUCCCGUCCUCUCCCCUCUUAGUGGUGUGUUUGUUCUUGUGCACUUUUGCGUGUUCUUGUGCACCAUGUCAGAUCCUAAGAUGAACCAGCUCUUGGAGGAGGUCAACAGUCUUGUCAACCAGGCAGAAGACAUGGAUGAACUCCAAAGGCUGCAUGAGGUCAUCCACAUGCAACAAGAGGCAGCAUCAUCCAUCCAGCCAUCCACCAGCCAGCCAUCUGUGAGGUGGAUUAAGAGGGACAGUGGAGGGAACAUUAUUUAUGGGAGGCCAAGAUUCUCCAGAAAGCGAGCAGCAGGUCUUAGCCUCAGACAAACUGGAAAGACAGGUGGUUCCCCUUUCAGGGCUCCGGAAACCAGUGUGGAAAUGACCAAUGACUUUUCUCACAUAAACGCUGAGUCUUUCCUUCAAGAACUAAAGCGCUCACUGGGUGAAGAUUUAGAUGACAAAGAAACACCACCACAAGCUUCCAGUGAUUGGUCAGUGAGAAAAAGUCUUGUCUCAGGGUGGUGGGCGAAAGUGAGGCCCUGGUUGGUGGACAAAAUGGUGGCUAAGCAGCAUGUGGCAAGUCCAGUCUGCCAGAAAUGUUACUCCAGUCCAGCUAUGAUCCAUUGUUGUGACUGUCGACCACACCCCUUCCUCUGUGCCCGUUGUGACAGCAGCAUCCACAAGGCUCAAGUCUUCCACAACAGGGACUCAAUUAGAGAAGGCUUCUUUCAGCCAUUGCCUCCGACAUCCUGUUUUGUGGAGAAGGUUCUUACCCAGUGCGUGUGUCUUGUACCCUUGGAGAUGCCAGGGAGAAUAUGUAGCUGUCCUCAGAGCUUAAGUGUCAUCACUGGAAAACCCAUUGCUGUGGUUACAAUGAAUGGCCGAUAUGAUCUCAACUUGCCAGAGUUGAAAUGUGAGGUAUGUCAAGCCACAUGGAGUGCUGGAGUGGAUGAGCUGGUCCAUAAUGACUACUGGCCUGCUACUUCUCAAUUUUCAACAGUGUAUGCUACAGACAUCCUAUUUUCCUUUGAGGAGUUGAAGAUGGCAGCACCUGGGAUGUCCAGCCAAGCAUUUCUUAGAAUGCUAGAUCAACGAACUGUCCGCUUUGGCCGUACUGGAAAGGUCAUAGCAGACAGCUUCAGAAAAAGCUUUUUGGAGUGGGAGGCUGUCCGAUUUGAAAUGGACAAAGUCAUCCGGGAAGACCACUUUAACUGCCCAGCAUGCACCCCAAACAUGCUUGCGGUCUCUGUUGAUGGAAACCGUAAGCAUUAUAGAUUCAAGAGUGCAGCAAGAUCAGAGGAACAAGCCAUCUUUAAUGGUGUCUUCAUAGCCAAGGAUGAUGAUGUAGCAAGAUUCGUAGACUAUGUCCAUUCCUCGACCAGCCAUGUCUCUGGAAGAGGUGUCUGUGGGGGACAGUGGUCAGCAGCACGAGAAACAUCACAGAAGUCCUCCAGCAAAGUAGAUGAGGAGGGCCUAGAACUUGCCGUUUGUCGGCAUGGUGUUCUUCUUUGUGCCCUUAAUAUGUUCAGGGGGGAGGUUUUUGCUUACCCUCUGUACCUCCAAAAAAAAAUGGCUUGUAAGCCGGUGAAAUUCUUUGCUAUGGAUGUUGCAUGCAAGUACUGGCCUUACCUCCAGAGAGUGAGUGAGAGAUUGGGUGCUGUAGGGAAAGGAAUUGGGGAGUAA